CUAUGUGUAGAUUCGAGGAGCUAACUUUUGAGCGAGUGUACAAGUUCUGCACUGGUCUUCACAGAGAAGAGGUGGAUUAUGGAGUUAAUUCCUGCCAGCUUGAUGAGAUUGUGGAACUAUUGGGAGCUCCGACUAACGGUUGUAGUCAGCCUCUCAUUGCAAAUCAUUCUCAUUUUCUUAGGUAACCGCAGAAAGUAUAUUACCAGAGACCUAGUUAAAAUCAUUCUCUGGCUUGCCUAUUUGUCAGCAGACUGGGUAGCUACUGUUUCUCUCGGCAUCCUUUCCAGAAACGAACAAGAUUUCCUUGAAAGUUAUGGUAAAUUUCAUCCUUUAGACCCAAAGAUCGAGCUCAGCUCAUUUUGGGCACCAUUUCUUUUGUUGCAUCUCGGCGGUCCCGAUACCAUCACUGCAUAUUCCAUAGAAGAUAACGAGUUGUGGUUAAGGCACUUGCUUGGAUUAAGCAUCCAAGUCGGAGUGGCAGGGUAUAUUUUCCUCAAGUCCUGGAAUGGUAGCCUGAUUUCGAUUCUAACCAUUCCAAUGUUCGUCGUUGGAAUUCUCAAGUAUGGGGAGAGAGUAUGGAUUCUCAGAUCUGCAAGCAAAGACCACUUUAGAAACUCUGUGCUCGGUCCUCCCGAUCCGGGCCCUAAUUAUGACAAAUUCAUGGAAGAUUUUGAUUGUAAGAAAGCAGAAGGAUUCCAUGUGAGGAUGGAAGAGUUGGGCGGAGAAUCUCAGAGAGUGGAUAGCAUCAAUGUCACUGAUAUUGACAUUCCUACACUGAUAGAUGGAAGGCUCCCUGAUUCGGACAUUUUACCAGUAGCCCAUUACUUAUUCAAGAUGUUUGAGCCCCUUUUCGCGGAUCUGAUCCUUAGUUUUCAGAAUGGGAAAAAGAGCAGAUCCAUUAUUCAGAAGGCAUCUUCAGAAAAUGCUUUCAGAAUCAUCGAGGCUGAACUAGGAUUCGUAUUUGAUGUGCUCUAUACCAAGGCUCCUGUUCUAUACACUCCCCUGGGCUGUCUUCUUCGCCUUAUCACCCUUUCUUUCACCGUUUCUACAUCCCUGGUUUUCUUGGCCGCCGACAAGCAUCGCUAUUCUAACGCCGAUGUGGUGAUAACUUACCUGCUUCUGGCUGCAGCGAUUUGUCUGGAGUUCUAUGCAGUUAUUGUACUAAUCUCCUCAGACUGGGCAAUAGUUUGGGUAACCAAGCACAAGAUUCGAGUACCAACUUUUAUCCGUCGAGUCCCUCUUCUACUCUCUCCCAUAAUCAACAAAAGGUGGUCCUAUUCAAUGGCACAAUACGAUCUAUUGUGCUAUUCCCUCCAACGAAAGCCAACUAUACUUCCUGGAAUCCGUUAUCUGUUUCGCUUCUGUAAAGCCUUGGAGAAUUACCAUUAUACGUCAUUCGUUAAUGUCCCUGGUGAACUCAAAGAUUCCAUCCUUCAUCAGCUCAAGAACAAAUCGGAAAAGGGUACAACUGAUUAUAGAGAUUUCAAACAUUUCUGCAUGCCACUAGUUCAGUCUUGUAUACCAGAUGAAAUGAAGGAUAAAUUCAAGAAGAUCCACUGGAGUCUUGGUGUAGAAUUUGACCGAACCAUUCUUGUCUGGCACAUUUGUACAGAUCUCUGCUAUUACGAAGAAGAACAAUCAGGAAAUAGCAAUUCCCAGCGUCAAAUGUGCAAGUUUGUAUCUGACUAUAUGCUGUAUCUUCUUGUCAUGCGUCCCUUCAUGUUGCCUAACGGAAUAGGGUUGAUCAGGUUCCGGGACACUUGCGAGGAAGCUAAGGAAUUUUUCAGCUACAGACGAUCAAUAAAAAAUGAAAGCCAAGCUUGCAAAAUGUUGCUUAAUGUGAACACUGAAGUUUCGCCAAUUGAAGUGAAAGGAGAGAGAAGCAAGUCCGUAUUAUUUGAUGCAGUUAUCCUUUCUAAAUGUUUAUCAUUUCUAGAAGCAGAGAAAUGGAAAUUUGUGAGCACUAUGUGGGUGGAGAUUCUCUGUUAUGCCGCUAGUCAAUGUUCUUGGACAUACCAUGCUAUGCAGCUCGGACGGGGAGGAGAGCUUCUCACUCAUGUCUGGCUUCUAAUGGCACAUUUUGGUACAACUAAUCAAUUCCAAAUACCGGACGGCCACCCGAGAAUCAAAUUGAUUGUAGAAUGAUAAGGUUGCUAUACAACCAAGGGUUUGGGAGUUAUGGGUAGUGGGGAAGGGUACCCCCGUUGUGUAGCUCCAUCAAAGAAAAAUUAAAUAGCAAUAAGGGUAAAAGAUUUAAAUAUACCCUCAAUUUUCAGAAA